UAAAUACAAUACGGUAACGGAUCAACCAAUCUUUCGUCUUCCCGCCAUUUCACCCUCUCUGAAAAUGGCUGAAAAUCAUCCAUUACAGAUAUGCUUUCAAAACUUCCAAAAGGUGAAAAAUUGUGUUCAAACCCAUCUCUCUAAUUUCAUUCAACGUCACUCGUCACCAUCACUACCAUCAUUCACCAAUCAGAAGGAGCCUUUCCUCUCUGCCUCUCCAUCACUCGGAAAACAGAACAAGGACCCCACCCAUCAGAUUCUUCUGAAGGGAAGCUCUGCCGCUCCCGUGACCAAAGAAGAGCUUGGGAGAGCAACUUGGACUUUUCUUCAUGCUCUUGCUGCUCAGUAUCCAGAAGAACCAACAAGACAACAAAAGAAGGAUGUAAAAGAGCUGAUGGCUAUAUUAUCUCGGAUGUACCCAUGCAAAGAGUGUGCAGAUCACUUCAAAGAAGUCCUAAGAGCAAAUCCUGUACAGGCCGGAUCUCAUUCUGAGUUCUCUCAGUGGUUAUGUCAUGUGCAUAAUGUGGUUAAUAGAAGCUUAGGCAAACUGGUUUUCCCCUGUGAGCGAGUUGAUGCAAGGUGGGGUAAGCUGGACUGUGAGCAACGGACAUGCGAUGUACAGGGAGCUACAAAAUUUUGGUAAUAGACAAAUAUUAAAAUAGCCAAAUACCAAUUAAAAAAAUUUAAUGAAAAACUCAAGUAACGUCGACCAGAUUGAUAAAACUGUACAUCAAUUAUAUGUUACGUUUAUAGAAUUGUAACUUUGAUAAAUUAGCUUAUGUUGGUUGGCAUGGUAAUUUGAAAUGGAAGGAUUUUUGUAAGGCUGAUCACUUGAUCCCUCAUGCAUAGGGCUGCAAAUGAGCUGAGUCAUGUUUGGCUCAGUUAUUGUCGAUUCGAGCUUGAACUUGAGUAAUUUGAGAGCUUGUUUGUUGUUUGAACUA